GAUGUAAAAGAUUCGAUGAGGAGAACUGACUCGGUGAAGCUUGAUUAUAGUUCAAUGGUGUUUGAUUUCAUUCGACCAGAAUAAAAACCUUGGACUGAUAUUUAAUAAAAAAACAAAGCUAAAAUUACAAUAUUGGUACAUAGGAACAAAGUAACGUUUUGAAACAAAAGUGAUUCGCAUCAUUAUGACGUCAUAACACAAUCAUCGUCGUCAUCGUCAUCAUUAUCAUUGUCGUCGUCGUCACCGUUUUUGUCGUCGUCUUUGUCGUUGCUGUCGUCGAAGGUAUCAUAUGAUCAAUCAUAGUAUCGGAUCUUGCCAUGAAUAAAGUUUUCACGUCAUCCAUUCGUUAUCAUCAAAAUGUAACUCCAGAUAGCAAGUGAAAGGAGAAUUGGGUCAAUUUAAGGAUUUUUUAGGAAGAGAUGUCAGCGAUAGUAUCCGUGUUGAUUUCAAUAUUUCUUUUUAUUCUUACUCUUCCUUGUCUAAAUUAUUACAUUCUGUUCAUAAGUGGAAGUAGUGCUUUGGUAGGAGCAAUACCUGAAGAUCCAUCUCUCACCAAAAGUUGGGAACAUGACAAACUGGACAACGAUAAAUUCAUUACAAAAGGACACGUCCACCGACGAAGCAGGCCAACGAAUUGUCGACCCAACACCGACCAUUCUAGUUGCGAAACCGUUUCAGCAAUUCCUCGAUUUAUUCGAGAAAAAUACAAUUUGGAUCCGUUCUAUGAGAAAUACACACAUGCUAACCGGAUACCCAUCAUCUCAUCCAGACAGGUAUCGGAUACCGCGCUUGAAAGAGCCUGCUACACUGUUCGGUUUCUGAUGAUGGAUAGAGCGGAUAUCCGCGAGGCUCUUCACAACAGAGGGGCACGAGUAUCCGUACUUGGUAUUAAUGAAUUAACUAAUGAGAUACCUGAAUAUAGAUAUUUGGAUGAUUCUUGGAACGCACGUACACGCAGUCUCGGAGGCACUCCUGAAAACCCGGUAACGGUGACAGCUGAAGAAAACCUCAUCUGCGCUGAUGAAUCAAUCGAUCGAUGGUAUGAGGAAGACAUCAUCGUACACGAGUUCGUCCACGCCAUCCACCUUGUCGCUGUCGACUUCAUCGAUACGAGCUUUAAGGAUAGGCUUAAAAACGCAUUUCUUGAUGCAUUUCGCUCAGGGCUUUGGUCUAAUCAUAUGGGUGGUACCAACAUCAACGAGUACUUGGCCGAGGGUGCGCAGUCAUUCUUCAACGUCAACGUCCAUCACGAUACCGAUGAUGACCUCCACAUUAACAUCAGUACACGUGAAGCCCUCUAUGGCUAUGACCGUCAACUCUAUGAUAUCCUGAUGGAGAUAUUUCCAUGUGGCAACCAUCUCCUGGAUCGAUGCUCAAAUCAAAGUCAAACAAGUACUUGGCAGGUGAGAAGAGACUGUGUCUCCUCUCCCUCGACACCAAGCGUCGACCAGUAUACUGCAUCAUCAACUUUAGAAGAGCCCUGGGGAAUGAACACGACAUCGCCGAUAUCGAUGGGACACAUCAUGUCGACGCCGUCAGAGUCGACGCGGACUACAAUUUUAACUGAUGAAGGAUCAUUGACUAGAGUCGCAGUCAUUAAGGGGAACCCAGGAAAUAUGUCAUCAGCGAUAACUGGUUGCUCAGAUAGGAUAUCAUUAUGUGGUGAUCUGGUAUCGGUCGAAGAGUGCAGCAUUAAUCCCAUCAAAAGAUCACACUGCAUAAAGACCUGCCGAUUAUGUCCAGGUUGUCUUGACUACCAUCGUCUUUGUGGUGUCCUAUCGGAGAAAGGCUUCUGCAGAACGAAGAUGGAGUACAUGUUUUCGGUUUGCCCAAAGAGCUGCAAUGUGUGUCAGAAGUAGCAUCAUAGCUGAUCAACUAUGAAUGGGAAUUUUGUUUCAGACAAGACCAUGUAGACACUGGAAGCAAACGAUGUAGCGCAGAUAGAAGAAUAUCCUACAUUGAUUAAAGUAUGAAAAGUGAUUGACAGAAUUACCCAGGGUUAAACUAAAUCAUCAACCCCCGCCCCCUCCCCCCUUCAUCAAGCUUAUAUUACUCUAGUAACUAUUCUAAACUAUACCUGAAAUUCUAAGUUUUAUGACUCAACUGGGAUUCGAAUAAGGCGGGCGCUGUACCACUGAGCCACCAGUGCCAUUCAGAUAUGUUCCAGUGGAAUGACACCUAGUGCAUGCGGCACUAGCGUACCUAAGGGGGGGGGGGGCAGGGGGGCAGACUGCCCCCCUGACGAGUCACAACUGAUCUAGGGGACGUGCCCCCCCCCCCAUUGAGAAGCAAAAUUACUCAUUUGUAAUGUAAAAAUGCAAUGAAAACAAACGUGUGCUUGAAGUUUUGAACUUGAAGACUUUUUUUUUUUUUUUUUUUGCUUGUCAAUUUUUUUCGCGGACGAAAUAUCCUCCAAAAAAUUUGCCCCCUUUUGGAAAAUCCUAGGUACGCCGCUGGCAUGCGGUAUGAUGGGGGGGGGGGAGGCGAAAUUGUUUUUCCCAAUAUGAAUAUUCGUGACUUGCAUGUGUGUAGAGUGAUACUAUGAUUUAAUAUUAGAUAAAUUAUGCAUGGUGGCUCAGUGAUAAAAGGCCCGCUUCGUGACCCGGAGGUCGUGGGUUCAAUCCCCGGCUGAGUCAUACCGAAGACUGUCUUUUUUUGUCAGACGCUUGAUCAACGUAUGAAAAUAGAGAAGGGUAAUGAUGUCAUGCAGGGCCCGCUGGAAGAAAAGAUUCCGGCUGGGGAGAGUUUCAUGAAAGGAGUUGUCAGACGUUUUAUCCGACAAGUCUCAUUUUAUCCAGCAGUUACCAUAGUGACACUGCUUCUUAGCCAAUCAACAUCGAGGAAAGUUGUCAGAUCUGACAACUUGUCGGACAAAAAUCUUGAUGAAACGUUCCCAGUGGCUAGCCUGGGUGAAAGAAAGUUAUUAUCAUGAUUAUUUAUUAUUUAUUAGUCUUUAUAUAGGACUUCCCGCUAUCUGAGUUUUUUUCUCUCUUUGAUUCGGACAGCCAUGUGGUUGACCCCCCCCCCCCCCAUUCUACUGGACCCAUCCCAAAUGAUAUCGUACAACUGUUAAGGGGAGACUAUAUUAAACAGAGCAACCAAUGUUUGAUUAGGCCUACUGAUACUUCAAGUAAAACUGGGGCUUCCCCCAUUAAAACUUAUACAAAAUUAAUCAUUAACGCCACACAUCGAACCAUAUUCCAAACAAAAGUAAAUAAUAGUUGAAUAUUCUUUUGUAUAGUCAUAAUGUUUUCAGAAUAUUGUCUAUAUAUAACAUGACAUCGACGGGGAUCAAAUCAUUAUUGAAACCCAUAAUGCUUUUUUUUUUUGGGGGGGGGGGGUGGCGUCCUGGGGCGAAUGAACUCGAGCCCCUCCACUCAGUGUUGUGUGUAGGACCGUUACCGUUUGGUUUAGAUAAAUCAUUGAGUUUCCUUGUUUAUUUUUGUCGAAUUCCAUGAUAAUAAACUUAAUCAUG